ACAGAAAUUAAAAAUAAAUUAAGCCCUAAAAUCUGAAAAAAAAUUGACAAACAAACGAAAAAAAAACAAAAUAAAAGAAACAUAGUGACAUAGUGACCAUCAAAUAGAAUUAUCAUCAUUAUCCGUGAAUAAAUGGUGACAAACACAAUUCGUAACACCAUUGGUGCCUAUUCAUAUAUUGUUAAGUUUAAUUCGGAUUUUGUUUUUUUUGUGUGUCAGUCAAAUUUUUUCAAACAAUAAUCCUUUCAUAGGAAUUUUAACAAAAAAACAAACAAACAAACAAACAUUUCAACAACCAAUCAACCGAAUUUGAAGAAUUUGUUUUCAACUAAUUCUCUAUAUUUUAUAAAAUAAUUAAUACAAAAAAAACAUGGGUUGUCCAUUAAGCAAAAGUGGUGAUGAUUCGGAUUCAAGGCGAAAUAAAAAUGCGCCCGAUCCAUUUAAAACAGAGGAAAAUAUUGGCAACAAAACUAUUGAUCCAAGACUACCAUUGACUGUGAAACAAAAAUUCAAUUUAUCCAAAUCAUGGAAAGGCAUCUCCAGAGAGAUGGAAAUGACAGGCGUAUUGAUGUUUGUCAAACUGUUCGAAGAAACGCCAGAUAUAUUGAAUUUAUUCACAAAAUUUCAAGAACUCAAAACUAAAGAUAGCCAAAUGAAAAGCAUGGAAUUAGCAGAACAUGCAACAAAAGUGAUGGCCAAUCUAGAUGAAAUGAUCAAUGGUCUGGAUGAUAUGGAUUAUUUUUUUCAUCAUCUUCAUAAUUUGGGAAAAUUUCAUCGAAAAAUUCCAGGAUUUCAGAAAGAGAAUUUUUUGAAACUAGAGAAGCCAUUCAUCGAAGCGGUGAAGGAAGUACUACAAGAACGUUAUACAGACAAUAUGGCUAACAUUUAUAAUAUAAUCAUCAAAUUAAUAUUGCAAACAGUUGCCGAAGGUUUCGAAAAAGAUUUUGAUUAAACAUGAUUCUAAAACCUUUUUCCCUCAUCUAAUUCCAAUCAUCAUGAACCUAAAAAUAAAAAAAAAAAAACAUUUGCCAAAAUCCAGAUUUUCCUUUGGGUGGGGUGAUUGAAAUCACAGAAACACAAGUCAAAAAACAAAUCAAUGCAAUUCAAUCCAUCCAUCUAUCCAUUACCAAUCAACACAUUAUAAAUGAAUCAACCAAUCUCCGAACGGAUCAAGAAUCGGAAAAUGAAGUGAAAAAAAUCUCGUAAAAUUAUGGCAUUGAACGUAUUUUAACAUCAAUGUGUCGGUUUUUUUGUACAUAAAAAAUUCUUAUUUCUUAAUUAUUAUUCUUAUUAUACUGUAUUCUCUAUGA